AUGGACAGCUUGGCCACAACUCGUUACAAAAUGAACAGCGUCCUCGGCUUGUUGCAGAGCUCUGGGGGGCAAAGCUGUCACACACUGGUACUGACAGAAUCCAAGAAGGUGUACUCGUUUGGGUGUAAUGAACAAGGGCAGCUGGGAUGUGGAGACGAGACUCAGGCAUCAGUGCCACUACCUGUGCAACUGCCACAUGACAUUUCUAACAUCUAUGCAGGAGGAAACAGUUCAUUUGCAACAUGCACGCCUAAUGAGGGCGCUGAUCAUGAGUCAGGCAGUGGCACAAAGAACAAGGUGACAGAACACUCUAUUGAUAACAUGAUUGACAAAUGGGUCUCUGCAUACAAUCCAAAGCUGUGGAAAAAUCUAAAAGAGGAAAUUCACAGGAUGCUCACAUCUCCAUCCUGUAUGAAUCAAAGCUUUCUUGACAGGAGGUAAGAACACC